AUACACCGGGACACUGGUGGAGGCGUUGCGUGUGCUAGGCCGAUUGGACGACUGUACAGAGACCAUCAAGCAACGGCUGCAGCGAGAACUGACAGGUGUCACUGUCAGUGUGGUACAAGAGGUCAAUCGCAAGACCAAACCCAAGCUUGGGUCCAGCCUGGACGCGUACCGGAAGAAGUCGACAAAGAAGGCGUUGGCAUGGAAACCAGAGGCCAAGGAGGAUCUCAUAUCACAAGACAGCCAAACGCAGAGCCAGAAGUAUCUGGUUAA